CUUUCGUGUAUAUAGUAUUUAUUUUUUUUGUUUUACAACAACUUUGUAGUGUUGUGACAUCUUUUUUCUCUUCACGACCGUCUUGGGAACCAAUGGUGAAUAAGUUAAUAGGAAGAAAAAAAAAAUUGACAAUUGGAUGAAACAAGAAAGAGUUGAAAUCUGAAAAUGGUCUGCGACAAAUGUUUCCAUGUCUCCUUACUCUGACAAGCCCACUCUCUCCGGCUAACUAAAUGGGAAUCACAAAGGCAACAUCUAGUAAUGGCUCUAUCUAUCUUUGGUCCUCUAAAAUUGGUUUCACGUUCAAAAACAGAGCAUAAAACAGAGCAUUCAAAGCUUCCUUCACCACCUCCAUGUGCAUCGUGGCUUGACUAAACAAUCACUGUUUAUUUUUAACAAAUAUAAUAUCCCAUGUUUCCUGCACAUGCCUUGGCUUCAUCAUAUAUAUACCAAACCUCUCUUCUUUCUUUUUCUUCAGCAGAAUUAAGAAACAUGGCAUUUCCAGAAACCAAACUCCAAAUGCCAGUUAGAUCUAUAAGUCUUCCAUCAAGAAUCCACCAUCCUUCUGCUAAGUUUCAAGCUGCUCUCUCUCAGAUUCAUCUCUUCCAAAACUCAUCUGAUUCUCAAUCUCUUCACGCCUCGUUACUCAACCUCUCUGAGCUUUACCAUUCCCUUCACCAACUCAAUCACUCUCUUCCCACAGCUCAAGCUGAACAUUCUCUUGACGUGUCAGCCACGUUACUAGACUCUUGCGACGCAGCGAGAAACCUAGUUCUCACUCUCAGAGAGCAUCUCCUUAAUCUUCAGUCUGCAUUGAGAAGAAAAGACAAAUCCAUGGAAGUUCAGAUCAAAGAGUACUUUUCCUUUAGGAAGAAGAUCAAGAAAGAGACUAACAAGCUUCUUCUUGGCCUCAAGAAGAAGUUGGAUGACUCUGAGACAACCGAGCUCUCUGUCUCCAUCUUCCGCUCUCUUUUCAUGUUCCUGUCCACAACAUCAACAAUGAAGACAAAGACAUGUUCUCUCAAAUUCGUCUCCAGGCUGAUCAGUGGUGGUCACCGAUCGUCAUCGUCGAUAAUGAGCGAGUUGCAGAACUUGGAUGCAGUUCUACGUUCAGAUGGGGAUAACUCCAAGGAAAUUAAGAAGAUGUUAGAGAGAUUAGAGGAAAGAACAGAGGAACUUGAGACUGCACUUGAUUCUCUUUUCAAGUCACUUGUCCAAUAUAGAGUUUAUUUGCUUAACAUUCUUACAACACACUCUUAGUUUAGUUAGUCUCUAAUUGUACACAAAACAUAUUAUAGUUAUAGAUACAGAUUCUUGUAGUGAAGAAUUUAAUAUAAAUCAGCAAAUUAUAGCUACAUAAUUCAAACACUUCUUAAUUACCAAAGAAACUUAUCUCAACAGAGCAAAGUUAGGGAAGGUACAAUAAGAACUUUGUAAGAUUUGUGUCCGUACUCUUACAUGUCAGCCUAGCAUUGGUAAAAGUCCCAUCCCUCGUGCACAUUAUUAUUUUUCUAAUUGAGUUUUGAUACCACCAAUGAUCAAGUCAUCAUCAUCAAGAUCUUUAAUUUCGGAUGAUCCAAUGAUUUAGUAAAUUGUUAAUCUCUUAAUGAAUAUUUAAAAAGGAGAGAGGAGUGGAUCUUUGAUUCCUCUUGUCCCCACACAUUGAUACAGCCAACUGUUCAAGGUUGCUACGAGGCCGACCCUAUUUCAAUUUUAUAUUGUACUUAAGUAAUCAUAUAAGACAAAAAUAAAUCUAACAAGUUUUAUUACGAAAAAUCGAAAAUCAUAAAUAAAUCAACUUUUGCAGCCUGGUUUAC